AUGUCGAAACUUUCCUUUCCACCUGAGGACUUUGGAUCACCCACCAGCCGGACUCGAGAUUGGUCAGGCAACAUCCAUGGCAGCAGCGGAGCCUGCAGAGGGAGGCAUGGAUCCCGGCAUCCCGCCUUGUACAAGGCCGCGACGUACGGGUGCGUGGGGAGCGUGAGGAAGCUGGUGGCGGGCGACCUCAGGGCCCUCAACUCCAAUACGCCCCAGGGCAACACGGCGCUCCACGUCGCCGCCUCGCACGGCCACGCCAAGUUCGCCGGCGAGGUCCUCAAACUGAACGAGGGGCUGAUCGUCGCCGAGAACGCCGACGGAGACACCCCGCUGCACUUGGCGGCCAAGAACGGCAGGCUGAAGGUGGCUGAGCUGAUGAUACGCCUCGCCCAGGCGUGCCCAGACCACCCCGGCACCGAUGGCAAGCUGCUCAAGACCCCCCUGACCAUGACGAACGGCGAGGGCAACACCCCGCUGCACGAGGCCGUGCGGCACCAGCACACCGACGUGGCGCUGAAGCUGCUGGUCGCCGACUCCAAGUGCGCCCACGCUCUCAACGAACAGAGCGAGUCGCCGCUGGACAUGGCCGCCCGCCAGGGACUCGUCCAGAUCGUCCGCAGGAUAGUGGACGUGCCCUGGGUACCAGCGGAGGCCAUCCAGUCCGUCGGCGUCACGGCUCUGCACCAGGCAGUGCUCGGAGGCCACACCCAGGUCGUGGAGAUCAUGCUGGAGAAGCACCACUACCUGCUGGACCGGAGCCACUCCGGCGGCAACAACGCCCUGCACUACGCGGCGCAGAAGGACAACAAGCGAGUGGUGAAGCGGCUGCUCAACGAGCGCACGGGGCUGGCCUACAGGCGCAACGGCCAGAGCCAGACCCCGCUGCACGUCGCGGCGCACCACGGGUCCACGAGAGCCAUCCGGGCGCUGCUCCAGCAGUGCCCCGACGUGGCCGAGAUGUCCAACGCCGCCGGCCGCAACGCCUUCCAUGCCGCCGUCGCCAGCGGCAAGACGGACGCGCUCCGGUGCCUGCUCCGCAACGUCCGCCCGGCGGAGCUGCUCAACCACGUCGACGACGACGGCAACACGCCGCUGCACCUCGCCGCCGAGAUGAGCCACGUCCAGUCGGCGCUGCUGCUGGUCUGGGACAGCCGCGUCAACCCCUGCAUCCGCAACAAGAAAGGCCACACGGCGCGCAGCCUUCUCGAGGCCAGAUCUGCGCAGGACCGCGCCACGGACAGCGAGGUCAAGAUCAGAACGGUCGACGGCGGCCAGGAGCCGCACACCCACCUCGAGAUCAGGCCCAUGGACGCCUACGAGAUGUACCUAUGGAAGGAGCUCAAGCGCCACGGUCCAAGAGGUGCCGCAACCAGCAGCUGCCGCCCGUCGGCUUCACCCUUCACCGCAGGACCAGCCACAAGUACUUCGAGCGCAGCGUCGAGACCUACAUCCUCGUGGCCACCCUCAUCGCCACCGUCACCUUCGCCGCCACCUUCACCAUGCCCGGCGGCUACGACCAGACCAAGGGCAUCGCGCUGCAAGGCCACAACACCGCCUUCAAGAUCUUCGUCAUCUCCAAUACCGUUGCCAUGUGCAGCGCCAUCGUCGUCGUCUUCUGCUUCAUCUGGGCCUGGAAGAACCCCAUCAAGUUCAGGGUCGACCAGCUCAUGUGGGGCCAUAGGCUCACCUGAAGGGAAUCGGGUUCAUGUGUAG